GGCGCCUGCGUACAUUGGCGAAAGCCUUGGAAAAGAGAUAGAUUUUUAGUAAACUUCUUUAUAGUUUACUAAGGAAGAAAAAUGCUUUCUUCAGCUCUAAGAGUUGGAUUUAGGCGGGUUUCAAAUGCUACUAGGAGGCAUGUUUUACCGACAGUAAAUUCAGGAAUUCUCACCCGGUCCAACCAGACUUCAGCAGCAGACAACUGUGUAAAAUGCCACAUCCAGGAUGGUGUUGCUGUUGUUAGGUUUGAUACUCCAGACUCUAAGGUUAAUGUGCUGUCUGAAAAGCUCACAACAGAGUUGGUUGAGGUAAUGCAAGGUGUGGAAAAAAACCCUGAUGUGAAAAGUGUUGUUCUUGCAUCUGCUAAACCAGGAUGUUGGAUAGCUGGCGCUGAUAUCAACAUGUUGAGUGCUGGUGACACUGCACAGAAGGUGGAAGAAAUAUCAGCAAAUGGCCAGAAAGUCAUGCAACAUAUUGCAGACAGUCCUAAACCUUAUGUUGCUGCAAUCAUGGGAUCAUGUCUUGGAGGUGGUCUAGAGGUGGCCUUGAGCUGCCAUUACAGAGUGGCUGUUGAUAAUCAAUCCACUGUCCUCUCUGCCCCUGAAGUCAUGUUAGGUCUGCUUCCUGGUGCUGGAGGAACUCAGAGAUUGCCUCCACUUGUUGGCCUUCCUGAUGCUUUGGACAUGAUGCUAACAGGAAAAAACAUUAAAUCAAAUAAAGCUAAGAGAAUGGGUCUCGUUGAUCAACUGGUCAAGCCCCUAGGUCCUGGGCUAAAGCCACCAGCAGAAAACACCUUACAAUACUUGGAAGACAUUGCAAUCCAGAGUGCAAAGGCUCUAGCUUCAGGAAGUAUAAAACCAGAUAGAUCACAUUAUUUACAAUAUAAGAUAACAACAGAAACAGAGUUUGGAAGAAACUUUGUAGUCAAGAAAGCCAGAGAAACAGUUAUGAAGAAGACAGGUGGUCUGUAUCCUGCUCCACUUAGGAUUAUUGAUGUUGUAAAAGAAAGUCUAGAAAAAGGUCCAGCACAUGGUUUCAAGAAAGAGGCUGAGGGAUUUGGCGAAUUAAGUCAAACUACUGAAGCCAAAGCCUUAAUGGGAUUGUUCUUUGGUCAGACAGAAUGCAAAAAGAACCAUUAUGGUAAACCUAAAAGGCCAGUUAACACUGUUGCUGUCCUAGGUGCUGGUCUCAUGGGUGCUGGAAUUGCACAGGUCAGCCUUCAAAAGGGGCAUCAAGUGAUAAUGAAGGACAAUAUUCUAGAAGGACUUACACGAGGACAGGAGCAAAUCUUUAAGGGAUUUAAUGGUCGAGUGAAGAAGAAGGCCAUGACAUCAUUUGAAAGAGAUCAAGUGAUGUCUAACUUGUCAGCUCAAUUAGACUUUACGAAUUUUCAAAAGGCAGACAUGGUGAUUGAAGCUGUCUUUGAGGAUAUUAACAUCAAACACAAGGUCAUUAAGGAAAUUGAACAGGUCAUCCCUGAACAUUGUGUGUUUGCUUCAAAUACAUCAGCUCUACCUAUACAUCAGAUUGCAGAAGCUAGUAAAAGACCUGAGAAGGUUAUAGGAAUGCACUACUUUUCACCUGUGGAUAAAAUGCCACUUUUGGAAAUCAUUACCACAGACAAAACUUCAAAUGACACAGCUGCUGCUGCUGUCGAUGUUGGUUUGAAGCAAGGGAAGACAGUCAUUGUUGUAAAGGAUGGUCCAGGUUUUUACACCACACGAAUCCUGGCCCCCACAUUAGCAGAGGCAGUGGCUCUUCUUCAGGAAGGAGUCAGUCCAAAGGAUCUUGAUAAACUUACCAAGCAGUUUGGAUUCCCAGUUGGAUCAGCUACUUUGGCUGAUGAGGUGGGUAUUGAUGUAGCUGCUCAUGUUGCAGAGGAUCUUGGGAAAGCUUUUGGUGAAAGAUUUGGCGGUGGUGAUCCUGGAGUCUUAAAAGCAAUGGUUGACGGAGGACAUUUAGGAAGGAAAUCUGGAAAAGGCUUCUUCGUGUAUGCUGGAAAAGGCAAGAGAGAAACCAAUGGUGCAGCAGAGAAGAUUCUUAAAGAGUUUUCCACCCCCAAGAAGGGAAGUCAUGAUGCUGAGGAAAUUCAGAUGAGACUGGCAGCCCGUUUUGUCAAUGAAUCUAUACUUUGUCUACAAGAAGGAAUUUUGAGAAAUCCAGUUGAUGGGGACAUUGGUGCUGUAUUUGGUCUUGGAUUCCCACCUUUUCAUGGAGGUCCUUUCCGCUAUCUUGACACCUAUGGAGCUGACAAAUUUGUUGAGAGAAUGGAAAAGCUACAUGAAGCAAUUGGUGGAGAACGCUUUGUUCCCUGUCAGAUGUUGUUAGAUUAUGCCAAAGAUCCAAGCAAGAAGUUCCACAAGAGAUAAUGUUCUGAUAGUCUUUGUACUGUUGGGCAUUUGCCUGGUCACAGAGUCUGUUAGAUGAUUUUGCAUUCUUUCCACCAUGGGAGGCUGCAUCUAUUUUUUUUAAACAGGAGUAGAUGUGAAUUUGCAAAGAUUGUGUCAUUUCUUUUUUAGGGUAUUCUUUAAAAAAGAUUCUUUAAGUUUUCUCAGUUCAAAUCUCACACCAAGGAGUUUCUCUGUAUACUAAUAACAUAGCGGCAGCUAUGCUAAUGAAUGUCAACAUGUUUGUAUGAGGAAAAACUAAAUAAAAGCCACAAACAAA